GCGCGCUUCGGGCCUAGUCCGGACUCGCCGCCGCCGCCGCCAUAUUCCCGGUAACGGGGGCGCGCGGCCGGGGGCCGGCUGGGCCGGAAGAGGGCUCGGGGCCAGCGCUGAAACUGGGAGGGGGAUACCGCAGUGGCAUCUUUCUUACUUGGUCGGUUCUCCGGGCUCGCGAUCUUCCUUCCGGAGCCAUGUCAGAAGGAGUGGACUUGAUUGAUAUAUAUGCUGACGAGGAGUUCAAUCAGGACCCGGAGUUCAACAAUACAGAUCAGAUUGACCUGUAUGAUGACGUGUUGACAGCCACCUCACAGCCCUCAGAUGACAGAAGCAGCAGCACUGAGCCACCUCCCCCUGUUCGCCAGGAGCCGUCUCCCAAGCCCAAUAACAAGAGCCCUGCAAUCCUGUACACGUACAGUGGCCUGCGUAAUAGGCGAGCUGCUGUCUAUGUGGGCAGCUUCUCCUGGUGGACUACAGACCAGCAGCUGAUCCAGGUUAUUCGCUCUAUAGGAGUCUAUGAUGUGGUGGAGUUGAAAUUUGCAGAGAAUCGAGCAAAUGGCCAGUCCAAAGGGUAUGCUGAGGUGGUGGUAGCCUCUGAAAACUCUGUCCACAAAUUGUUGGAACUCCUGCCAGGAAAAGUUCUUAAUGGAGAAAAAGUGGACGUGAGGCCGGCCACCCGGCAGAACCUGUCACAGUUUGAGGCACAGGCUCGGAAACGUGAGUGCGUCCGAGUCCCAAGAGGGGGAAUACCUCCACGGGCCCAUUCCCGGGAUUCUAGUGAUUCUGCUGAUGGACGGGCCACACCCUCUGAGAACCUUGUACCCUCAUCUGCCCGUGUGGAUAAGCCCCCCAGUGUGCUGCCCUACUUCAAUCGCCCUCCUUCAGCCCUCCCCCUGAUGGGUCUGCCCCCGCCCCCAAUUCCACCCCCACCCCCUCUCUCCUCAAGCUUUGGGGUCCCUCCUCCUCCUCCUGGCAUCCACUACCAGCAUCUCAUGCCCCCUCCUCCUCGAUUACCUCCUCAUCUGGCUGUACCUCCCCCUGGGGCCAUCCCACCUGCCCUUCACCUCAAUCCAGCCUUCUUCCCCCCACCAAAUGCUACAGUGGGGCCUCCACCAGAUACUUACAUGAAGGCCUCAGCACCCUAUAACCACCAUGGCAGCCGAGACUCGGGCCCUCCGCCCUCCACAGUGAGCGAAGCAGAAUUUGAAGAGAUCAUGAAGCGAAAUAGAGCGAUUUCCAGCAGUGCCAUUUCCAAAGCGGUAUCUGGAGCCAGUGCAGGGGAUUACAGUGACGCGAUUGAGACGCUGCUCACAGCCAUUGCUGUUAUCAAACAGUCCCGGGUCGCCAAUGAUGAGCGUUGCCGUGUCCUCAUCUCCUCUCUUAAGGACUGUCUUCAUGGCAUUGAAGCCAAGUCCUACAGUGUGGGUGCCAGCGGGAGCUCGUCCAGGAAAAGACAUCGAUCCCGAGAGAGGUCACCUAGCCGGUCCCGGGAGAGCAGCAGGAGGCAUCGGGACCUGCUUCAUAACGAAGAUCGACAUGAUGAUUAUUUCCAAGAAAGGAACCGGGAGCAUGAGCGGCACCGGGAUAGAGAGCGGGACCGGCACCACUGAGAAAGGAGUCUGGUUGGAAGCAAAUGUUUUUUUAAUGGACUUGCAUCUCCUCACCUUGAUCAGGACUAAAGGACGGAGGCCACUCCACCCCUCCCCCUUCCUCCAAGCCCCUAACCCCCUUCAGACACCCAGGGAAUACCCUCUGCCCUACAGGAUUGAAGGUUGCCUGGCGGCCCUCCCAAUCCCACACCUCCUGUUUGUCAGGGGAACGAACCUAAAGACUUCGUGUGGUUGGGAGGGGUGGCAGACAGGAAGAAAACAUGUCCAGGCCCCUGGUCUCCACAGAGAAUGGUGCUCUGUCCAAGGAAACGUAGGAGUUUCUGAUUCUCCAGGAGUGGUUCAGUGGUGAGGUUGGCGGGAAGGCUCUCUUCCCAAAGAAGAUGGAUCCUCCCUGCAGGAUCUAGGAGAGGGACUGGGUGCGCCAAAAUACGCCUGGGGUCCUGCCCUCAGCACUAGGUUUGAUGGGGCCAAGAGGGUCCAAACCCCUUGCUAACAUACCACUUCUUUGUUUAACUCCUUUACCCUCCCAGCCCUUUGAGAGGGACCCUGAGAACAGAAAUUACCUUAUGAGAAGCCUCUCCUGUUCUUGCGUUUCCCUCUUACAUAUUGACGGUUGGUUUCCCUGACCUCCCAGAGGGCCGAACCUUUCCGGCCCCCUGCCGCCCAGCCGCCUCAGUGGACCUGCCCCUCCUGAGCACAGAAGGCCCCUGAGGUCGCUUUCUGCCGGGGAGCCGGCAGCGCCACUUACCACCCUCUGCUGCUUCGUGCUUGGUCGCCUCUUGCAAUAACCAGCUGUACUAGGUGUUCCCUUUCCUGGGGCUUGUCCAUUUCACACGUGGAGCCCCUCCCCCAAGAAGGCUGCUUCCUUGUUUUAGAGGAAGAUACUGCCACUGGGAGAUGGGGACAUCGGACCUCAGCAACGAAGAACCCUUGUGAAGUACCAGGAGGAGUGGGAGAGGAGGCAAGCUGGGCAAGAGAGAGCCUACUUCCAUAGGCUUUUCUGUUUUCAGGUUCGAUGUGAGCAGGGGCUUACAUCCUCCAGGUACAUACCUUUACUUAUCGUGGGAUAACCUGGCACUAGUAUAGGCAGGUAAAGUCACAAAUGUGGUGUCUUUCCACCUUUUGACUGUUGACUUAAUAGCUCCCCUCGCUCUACGUGGAGGCACUUCCUGCCUCUAAUGGGGAGCAAGGAAGAAGUGGAGCCUGACUUGAAUGAGUUCAGCUCCGAGUUCUAAGGACCACCACUCUGGGGGCCGUUUUCUACACAGGCAAAUGGAAUUGCUUUUCCCAUAACAUCUAAGUUGUGAUGUGGUUGCUGCUGAAGGAAGAAGCGGCAACGGGGUCCUGCGGUACCCAUGGGGCGAUGGGUGCUGUUUCUGCCUGCAUUUACAGGGCAUGUGACAUCCGACAUGAGAAGAGACGUGGCGUGUGAGAUGAGACUUGGCAUGUGAGACGUAGGGUCACUGGAGACCCUUCUGGCUCAGAGGGGAGAGACUGAGUGGGACUGAACCCUUCCUCUGUUCCCUGCACGUUUCUGACAUAGCCCUCAAUCAGUCAGUGAGGGGUCCCCCCAGGGUUGGAGAGGCACAUUCCCUUGGGACAGAGGCUACAGGUUUGUAGCUUUUUUCCCCCUGUCCCCCAACCCCAUCCCCACCUCCACUUCAGAACACGGCCCCCCGCCCAACUGGCCAAGUGUUAAGUGAUGUGCUUAUCCUCAAGAGCAGCUCCGGGUGUCUUUUUAAAAUGUAGAGAAAACCAAGUAAGGUGACAGUUUAAGGAAGAAAAUAUAUAGAAUACCAGAAAAGCCGUUUACCCGGAGAAUUUUUUUCUCCCCACUUUUGUUUUGUUUUUACUCAAUGACACAAAUUUUAGUUUUAUUUCCUGAUAGCAAAAGGAAAAAAAAAACAACAAAAAAAAAAAAAACAACCCAGCCCUCAAAAAAGCCAAGGCCCCGUCCCCCUGUUGUCGGUGAUUUGUUUGUCUUUCUGAUAGGUUGAAAAUUGUGUAAUAAACUUGAUGACGCUGUCAA